AUGGAGGGUGGGGGAGGGCUAGGUAGUAUGGGUAACAGGGAUAAGAGAACCGUGGCAGGUCACCAACCUCCCGUCAGCGUAUAUCCCGGACAACCACCAGCUGACUCAGCCAUCUGCCGCGGGCGACCGCCUGCGUAUGUGAGUAUGAUUGUCAUCGACACGAUUGAACGGACCCUCGCAGAUCAAGGAGUUACUUUAUUCGCGAUGGUCGAUGCUUUAAUUAAUGGACGGUCAGUGUGUUGCUCCAUGUUUGCUGGAGAUUUCCAGAGCACCGAUCCCAGUUAUUUGAUCAAUAGUAGUGAGGCCGUUGGUCUUUCUGUAGUAUUGAUUGUUAAGUUAACCCUGCGGUCCUCGCGCAUCGACCAAGGCAGCAGUACUAAGUUUAGGUCAAUUAAUCCACCCAGGAACCGAUCCACCAGACUUGCAAGGAACCCAACUCCAGCAAUUAGCCAGCAGAGUUGGGAAAGCGGUCAGGCCAGGUGA